AUGUCGUACCUCCGCUCGCCGAACUCCCUGCGGCUCUGCAGAACCAUCCCACAGAUAUCCCGCUCAUCGACAUCACGAUGCCUCUCCAGGACGCCUGCCUGCCGCCUCGGCGAACCUGACCCAAAAGUCGUCCCCGACGUGGCAGCUAUGCAAGCGACCGAGGACCAGGCGAGCCUCGUCGAGAUCGCCCACAAGCCAGAGCCAGGAGCUGGAGUUGAGAGAUACCACCAGGACCACCAGCCGGAUUAUACAGCGACCGUUGACCACGGAACGUCCACAUAUUCCCCCGUGCCCAAGCGGGUGUUGAACGGCAGCGAGCCCGGCGGCAUGACGCCCGCGGCCGUACUCUCUGGCGCACCGGUGGAUCUGCAGGCGAGAACAGUCAGAAUCUAUCAACCCACAAAACCUGCAACACAGUCUGGAACAUGGGGCUCACACGCGUGGCGGAUGGACUGGGACAUACUGGGGAAGGGCCACAGAUGGGAGAACCCCCUGAUGGGAUGGCAGUCAUCGGCGGAUGUCAUGCAAGGCACCAGGGUGCAGUUCAAGUCCAAGGAAGAGGCUAUCGCUUUCGCUGAGAAGCAAGGGUAUGAGUGGUACGUGCAGGAGCCGCAGGCGCGGCGGUUUGUGCCGAAGGCCUAUGCCAAUAUGUUCUUGCAUGAGCCCGGCACGCUGAAGCAUAUCAAGACGAAGUAA